GACGAAUGCGGAAGUAGACAGCGGUGACUAUCACACGUCGCUUCUCUCCUCUCUGGGUCUAACAAAAUGGUAGUGUUGAAGGGAAUCCCGUCCGUCCUGUCGCCCGAACUUCUCUAUGCCCUAGCAAAAAUGGGACACGGCGAUGAACUGGUUCUCGCUGAUGCAAACUUCCCGACGUCGUCAGUUUGUGCUUGUGGUCCAACAGAGAUCCGAGCAGACGGUUUAGGAAUCCCACAGCUUUUGGAGGCGAUUCUAAAGUUGCUGCCCCUGGACACCUAUGUCCCUUCUCCAGCGGCGGUCAUGGAUCUGGUGGACGGUGACAAACAGAGAGGCGUAGCCGUUCCUGUGUGGGACACCUAUAGGCGUCUCCUGCAUCAGGUUGUGUCUGAGACUCCGCUGGAGGAAGUGGAAAGGUUUGCUUUCUAUGAACGAGCCAAGAAAGCCUUCGCCGUCGUAGCAACAGGAUAAAGCCUUGCGUCUUCGCUUAAAGGAACAGGAUGCGAGGCCAGGCUCUGGACCUGACCUGUCAUCCAAAUCUUCAUGUUGGGGUCAAUGUGAUACGGAGCAUCAGCUUUGUUCUCUGGAGGCUCCACUUCUACCUUCCUAUCCUGGAACACAGAUAUUAUAUGACUGCUGCCCAAACACAACCUUAGGAACCACACAAACUGAUGAAAGAUCUUUUUUUUUUUUUUAUGACUCCACGCUGUCUUUUUUGCAGUGUUACAUACCGAGGGUCCGUAUGGCUUUGCUGCGGUGCCAAUUAUCAUCGAAACGCAGACUAUUAUCGCAAACCUGCGAUUAAAAAAACAAUACAUAACAGAGUAUUCAUUUCCAAACCCAUUUAAAGGGCGACUUCACGUACUUCACCUACCUGGUCAUGGCGUCUGUCCUCUCAGCUCAGUGUUUAGGAUGUGUAAUAAGUUCCUACUCGGCUCAUCUGCUGUCAAAGCUCCAGAUCAAAGUUCCACCAAUAAACCAGUUCAGCUACA